ACUGGCGGCGCGGGCAGCGGUAAAAUGUCUGUUCCAGGAUCCUACCAGGCGGCCGCUGGGCCUUCCUCGGUGCCAACUGCGCCCCCAUCCUAUGAAGAGACGGUGGCCGUCAAUAGUUACUUCCCUAUGCCUCCUGCCCCUGUGCCAGGGCCGACCACGGGGCUGGUGACGGGCCCGGAUGGCAAGGGCAUGAAUCCACCAGCCUACUACACCCAGCCAGUGCCCGUCCCCAACGCCAAUGCAAUCGCCGUGCAGACCAUCUACGUGCAGCAACCCAUCUCCUUUUUUGACCGUCCGAUCCAGAUGUGCUGUCCUUCCUGCAACAAGAUGAUUGUGACCCAGUUGUCCUAUAAUGCCGGUGCCCUCACCUGGCUCUCUUGCGGGAGCCUGUGCCUGCUGGGGUGCAUCACGGGCUGCUGCUUCAUCCCCUUCUGUGUGGACGCCCUGCAGGACGUGGACCACUACUGUCCCAACUGCAAAGCUCUCCUGGGCACCUACAAGCGUUUGUAG